AUGCAAUUCUCGGGCCUACCGAGACAGGCUUUAUCUUCUCGUUCUCCCAGGGCCCGACCCCUACCGAAAGAGUCCCGUGAAGAUUAUCGGCAACCACGUCAAGGACAACCAUUUAUAGCGGGCUGCCUACCGGAACUUUCCAUUCAACGUGCAAGCUACUCGGGAAGAAAAAGACAAGCAGGGCAUAGAGGUAAAUAUGCCGACUCUCAAGGCAAAUGUACAAACCCGAAUAUCCAUCCCAUCUUGCUGCAGCUCUCAUCUUGCACGUUUACUCGAUACCAAGUCGUAGUUCCCGUCGGUCAUACCAGUCCUCGCCAUGACUUGACUGCGCGGGCCGUUGAUGGUACCUCUGAUGAUCGGGUCAAGUUUGACAGGCAAGCGCGGGAUGUUUUUACAUCAAACAAGCCACCUACUAAAUCGGCAUUCCCCCCUACCUCAUCCAUGGCUGACUUUUACAGCCAGACAAACAUGAACGGAAGGGCCGAGAGAAGAUGGUCUAGUCUAGGGGGAACCAUCCACCACCACAGAAAUGUCCCAAACUGCCAAACCGCCAAACCGCCAAACCGCCAAACCCGUCACGGCAACCAGACGGCUAGAUCGGGGGAUUGCGAACGAUUUCGCUCUGCUAGGGACUUGAAAUCAGGAUCAGGCCUGAUGAUGGGUGGAUUCGGUAUUCAAAUCUCGUUGGACUUUGAGAAUUGA